CGCCCCGCCCCGGGGGAGUGUCCCGCCCGCGCGCAGCCACCUUAAGGGCCGGGCGGGGCGGCCGGGGCGGAGGCUGGCGGAGGAGCUACCGGCGCGGGAUCCUAGUCAGGAUCCGAGUCGCCACUCGAGCCGGGGUCCGAUCGCAGCGGCGCGGGAGCCAUGGCGUCGUCCGGGCCGGCGCGGCUGGCGCUGCUGCUGCUACUCGUGCUGCCAGCGAGCGCGGCGCGGGCCGGCCUCCACUUCCGCCCGGGCCGCGGCUGCUACCGGCCCCUGCGUGGGGACCGGCUCACCCAGCUGGGGCGCAGGACGUACCCCCGGCCUCACGAGUACCUGUCCGCAUCGGAUCUGCCCAAGAGCUGGGACUGGCGCAACGUGAAUGGCGUCAACUACGCCAGCGUCACCAGGAACCAGCACAUCCCCCAGUACUGUGGCUCCUGCUGGGCCCACGGCAGCACCAGUGCCAUGGCGGACCGGAUCAACAUCAAGAGGAAGGGAGCGUGGCCCUCCAUACUGCUGUCCGUGCAGCACGUGAUCGACUGUGGCAACGCCGGCUCGUGCGAGGGGGGCAACGACCUGCCGGUGUGGGAGUACGCGCACCGGCACGGCAUCCCCGACGAGACCUGUAACAACUACCAGGCCAAGGACCAAGAGUGUGACAAGUUUAACCAGUGUGGAACGUGCACUGAAUUCGGAGAGUGCCAUGUCAUCAAGAACUAUACCCUCUGGAAAGUUGGCGACUACGGCUCCCUCUCCGGGAGGGAGAAGAUGAUGGCAGAAAUCUAUGCAAAGGGCCCCAUCAGCUGCGGUAUAAUGGCAACGGAUAAGAUGGUUAACUACACCGGUGGCAUCUAUGCUGAAUACCACACCAGGGCCUACAUAAACCAUAUCGUCUCCGUGGCCGGCUGGGGUGUCAGCCAUGGGACGGAGUACUGGAUCGUCCGGAAUUCGUGGGGCGAACCAUGGGGUGAGCGAGGCUGGAUGCGCAUAGUGACCAGCGCCUACGGAGGCGGCAAGGGUGCCGACUACAACCUCGCCGUGGAGGAGAGCUGCACGUUUGGGGACCCCAUUGUUUAAGGCAGACGUCUCCAGAGGAGCGGCUCGUAAAGAAAUGACCGCAGGAGCCGUAACCAGGGGGCAUCCCACCUUCACGGGCACUGGGGUGGUCCUGCCGUCGUUUAAAGGAACUGGGGGUUGGCGGUCACACGCGGCCGCCGGUGACGGCCCUGGGCACCGAGGGGACGGCCGCCGCGAUGCCGCACGGGCUGCAAGCGAUCCCGGGGGCCGUCGCGGAGGGGACGACCCAGCACCCGCAC